CAACGGUCAAACUCAUCAACUUGGAAAUUGUUCUGUGGCAGCAAGAAUAACAACCCUUUUCAUCAUCCUCUUUCUAGAAAUUAUUUUCAUAUCAAAAACUAUGGCCAAUAUUAACAUGUCAAAUGUUGUGGACGAGCUGACAAAAGUCGCGCAACAUAAACUUGAAACUCUACCAGUUUCGAAGGAUAUUCCACGUCUAGCACGUAAAUUUACAUUAUUUCGUUUUAAUUCACAACAAAUGACAGAAAGAAACUUUACAGCUGACAAGGCCAAAGAUAAAAUUAAUAUUGUCUUGUUUGAAUUGAUGGGUGCAUUGUUAGGUGAGAUGGGUUUAGAACAAGUAUCUGCCACUCAAGAUAUAUUCGACUCUGAAGUGAAUACAAAUAUUCCAACGACAUUUGACAAGUAUUUAUUGAAAUAUUAUGGUGAAAAUCAUCCAAUUAUCAAAUUGUUAAAGUGUUGUAAUCAGAGUCCUGUUAUUGCUGUCUUGUUUCAUGUGAGAGAGUGUUUGAAAGCUCAUGGAAUUGAAUUUAAAGAUUGUAGAGGAAUGUGGUUCUUGGAUUUUCACACUGGAAAGGAUAACAAAACACCUGUGAUUACUCAGAGACGUAUUGAACAAGUGUAUAGUAUUUCAGAAGACAAGUCAUCACUCAUUUGCAAGUAUAAAUUUGAGUGGGAAAUUUCUAUACAGUUCGAGUCGGUCAAUUGCAAUCACAUUACGAAAAUUUCUCUAGUUUUGAAAAAUUUGGACUAUGAUGGAUAUGCAUGCUCAGAUAAGGAAAAGCAAGAAAGUGAACAGGUGUUUAACAAGGCAUUUUCAAAUACGGUAGUUGAAGGUUUGAAAAUUACUGUUACUGGUGAUUAGUUUUGUUGUAAUUAGUUGAUUGGUUGCAUUUUUCAUCUUUAAAAGAGAAUUGACCAAUGUUCUUCAAUACAUGAUUUGGUCAAUUCACUGACAAGAGAGAUCUAUAACAAUCACUUUUUCCCUUUGUACAUAGUUCCUUUCCCAUCUUCUACUACCACCACUUUCUAUUAUCAAAUUACUAGUAACACUGCGACUGUGUUAUUAUUGUUGAUAAUCCAUUCCAGUUUUCCAUCUUUCAAUUGAGGAGGUUUCCUCACUAAGUGCAGCACCUAAUUAUUUCUCAAUUCUUGGAUUUUAUUAGCAAAUAAAUUCGGUAUUAUUUG